AUGUCCACUCGAUUAUCCGAUGAACAAAUACAGGAAGAAGCGGGUGGACUGUCUACCUAUCUGGCAGAGAGCGAUACAGAUAAUAUAAUUGAAGAACAGAGUAUGGUAGAAGUAAGUAGUUUUAUUUUUAUUUUAUAGAUUAUUAAAAUAUUUCAUUUUAGACAAAAUACCUAUUUUGAUGUGAAAUAUAAUUUGUUUUAAAAUUAAUUAUAUUAAUCUUUACUUUUAUUUUUUUCUUAAAUAACAUUAUUGGCAUUAGAAUAGAGAUUUAUCAGAAGAACAAAUAAAAGGAAAACCAGAAAUAAAUAAAAGUCUCAGUAUUAUAUUAUCUAUCCAUCAGGAAGAGAUAGAAAUUGACGAACAAAAUAUACCAGAAGUGGGUUCUAAUUUUAGAUAUAAUAAAAUAGUGAAAUAUAUUUCAUCAAUUUUAUAGAUACUAAUAUUAUACAUCUAUCUAAUUUUUACUCAUUUUUAUUUGUUACUUUUUUAAUAUUAUCAGCAAGAGCAACAAGAUAAAAAUGGAUCUGCUAGUGUUAUUUCUACCCACCUAGCAGAGAGCGAUAUAGAAAAUAUGGAAGAUGAAAAUAUUUCAGGAGUAAUAUUAUCUAUUUUAAUAUUAAGCAAAACUAGAAUAUUAUACCUAUUUAAAAAACUCAUUUAAUAUAUUGAACCUAGAUUAAAUAAUAAUAAUGUUAUAUUUAAACCUUCCUGAUUUUUCUUCUUUUAUUUACUGAAACAUUUAGCAAAAGAUAUCGUUAAAUUAUGAUCGAACACAAAACGAAGCACUUAAAGGAAGCAUUUUAUCAUUCCACCCGGAAUUGUCCAAUGAAGCCGAAGACGAAGAAAAUUUAAUUGAAGUAAUUAGAGAAAUAAAUUUAAAACAAAAUACUCUAAUAAAUAUAUAUUAGAUGAAAAUUAUAUAUACCUACCUUAUCUAUAACAUGUAAGGAUUAAAUUUGAACAUUUCAAAGUCUGAUAAAAUUUGGCAAUUAUUAGAACAUACGUUACCUAUUUUUUUUUUUUUUUAACAAAUUUCGAACUAUAAUGUUAAAACGUAUUCUGUUUACAAAUUUGACCUAGGUAGAUAAGUAGUUUUCAGUACUUAUCUUGUACCUAAUUACAAUUUUGUCAGUAAGUAAUGGUGAAUUUGAAGAAUAGAGAGGUAUUCUCUUACUUAUAAAAACAAAAUCAAUUAUUUUUAUUAGAUAGGUUUAGGUAACAAUUCAUGCCUCUAGUUGCAAAUUGUUUUUUCACGAAGAAACACACCUAUGUUAUGUUUAUUACUGAUCUAGGAUAUAAUAAAUAAUUUAAUAGAAUACGUUAUUUCCAAAAUAAGAUUAAAUAAGACUAAAAAAAGAUGGACAUGCUUCGCACGGUGGGUGUGCCACUGUUAAAGGUGAGAAGUUGGGAGGGUAGGAUAUUUGAAGAACAAAACUUACAGGUAGUGCUGCUUUUACUAUGAGUUUUCCUCAUUAGACCGAUGUGGAACCUGAUAUUUUGAUAAUACACUUAUUAUGAUGUAACAAAAGAACGAAAUAGGUAGUUUUUAGAUUCUGAGUGUAGCGAACAAUGUAUUGAUUUUACAAAGAUGUUUUUUUUUUUUUUCUAUGCUGUGUACAAAACAGUCAACAAUUUGACAAAAUGAUGGUAAUUUCAGCUAUAAUUGCCAGCAAUUAAUAAUCGGGGAAAUUUUUUGUCAACUUAAUGAUUAUACUGUUGUUGAUAAAAAUGAUAGCAGCACUUAUUUCAAGAGUAAAGUUGUGUUUUGGCGAUUAAGUAAAAAAUUACGGCACUUCAAAUUAUAUAUUACCGAACUGCGCUCGGAAUUGUCUUUCGUCAGCAAUGGUUUAUCGUUGCUUACAGAUAUACAUUAAAUAGUCUUAUGCAUCUUACCUUCCCAACUUCUCACCUACAAUAGUGGCCGCUCCCAUCCCCAGUAUCACCUCUUUUGUAAUUAUAACUUUUCGAAAGUCAUUAUGGAAGAAAUUAUGAGAACACACUUGAAGGUGAAUUUUUUUAAUGUAUCUUUUCCCAUUCUCAGAUUAAUUGCCUAUAUCUGUUAUCCAUCUUCUAAGUCUUCUUUUACACAUUUUUAAUUCAUAUAACUUGUAUCUCAUUUUUCUUCGUAAUACAUGAAUCUAAUAUUUGUUUUGAUAGAGUAGAAUGUUUUACAUUCAAAAACCUCACAAAAAAUUCUGCCUGUUCUUGAAACUGCCAUACAUAAUUUAUAUAAGUAUACAGUAUACUCAGGUACCUUAAUAGAAUAGUUUAAAAUGUGUCAUCGUUACAUUUAUUAUAAAUGUUAUAAAUGAUUUAUAACAUGUAUACAAGUACUUAUAUAAUAGGUAGUUAUAUUAUUAAAUUUGAAAGGUAAGAUAUAUAAAUAAUUUACCUUAAGAGCAAUCAAUUAAACAAUAACCCACCAGUUCAAAUACCAACAAAAUGUGCAAAUUUAAUUCAAUACUUUGUAUUUAAUAACCAAACAAAUUUAAGUUACAUACAAAUUUCAUUAAAAAAAAAUUGUUUUACGUUUAUCCACAUGUAUUCCGUGCUUAUCAGUUCUACAUAGGCUAGUAAUAUUUUUAUCCACCAGACCAAGUAUUUUAAAUUUAUGUCAGGUGUUAUUUUAUUAAUCCAUAAUUUAAAUGACGUUUUCUUAUCUUAUCCUGAGUUACCUGUAAACAAAAGUGUUGAUAUUUUCUAACUAAAAUCGUUUAAAUACAUUUUUGUUGUUCUAGCUGUCUCUACGAUAAUUCGUAUUACCAUUUUGCUGAGGUGUGUGUGCAUACAGGGGUGUCAUUUAAAUUAUUUUAUUGUUGGUGGCAAAAUUGUUGCAGGUCAUUUCAAAUCAUUACUAGGCUACAUUAUGGGUACCUUUUUUUUUGGAGGGGGGAGAGACGGUCAAGUGGAAACUACCCUUUCUGUCUUCUUUUAUUUUGCUUUCUCUGCUAGUUAUAUGGGAUCGGCCACCAUUUUCAUACACCUCCAUAGUGUUCUUAAAUACUAACUCAAUAUUUGAUAUUAUAAAACACUUAGGUAUAUAUUAUUUUUAGCAGACCAGAGAAGUCGUUUAAAAACAGUUGAUGUAAAUACACACUAUGCACCUCCCCCCAAAUGACGCACCUGUAUGUAUAGAAUUACACAUCUAGAUAGAACAUUCAACCUGAGGAUCGGAAGGCAUGGUCGGACCAAUUGGAUCAAAAGAAAUAUGCUGAUAUAAAGUCUAGUGUGAGUGAGAGUAAAUUUGCACUCAGAAGACAGCCAAUUAAAACGCUCAGUUUAUUAUCUCUCGUGUUUCUGUCCUCGAAAUUAAACUCCCUCCAUCGGAAUGCGUUUUAUGCUGAAUGUUCCGUCUAGUUGUAUAAAUCUCUAUGUGUAUGGUACACUAGUCUUAUGUUUUAUACCAUAUUUAUCCAAAAUAUCUUUGACUUCAGUAUUCUUAUAUUUCAGAACAUAGUUACUUCUUAGCGGAAUUAAAGAAAUAUUUUUUACCAUAUACAAAAAUAAUUAAAAUUUUUCUUUCCCUUUAGAUUUUUUGCUAAUGAAAUACACAUACGUGCACUUAGAAUAGUUAUCCUUAAAUAUGACAAAAUAACGUUUUUCUCCAGUUGAUUUAUCUUCCAUAGGUCUACACACAUCAAUGUCGAUUAUUUGAUCAGGUUUUGUUGUAUUGAUACUGCUCAGUGUAAAUGGCCCCUGUGUUGUUUACCAUAAAUGCAAUCCUUGCAAAAAAUUUUCAUGUACUUCAAAUACUUUCACACACAUUGGACAUUCUGAUGAAUUAGCUUUUCAUGCGACGGUUGUAAUGUGAACAAUUUAGUGGCUACAUUUGCUUGUUCUAGCGUUUUCAAAAUCCUUUUUUUGAUCACUAUCAAAACCAUGUUAUUUUCGCGAACUCCAACAGCAGCUACAUAAUCGUUUUUUUUUUAAUAUACAAUUAUUGUCCGUCAUCAUUGUUACGACAUAUUUCACUCGAAAAAAGAUUUACUUUGAGCUCAAACACUCGCAACACAUUUGAAAAAUGACUGUCAAUCCAUUUAGCACCGAUUUUUGCCUGAACAUUUAUAUUAUCUUUAACAAUAGGCAUAGUAUGCUUACCAUCACUGAUACAUACUGGUAAUUGAGUUUCGAAUAACUCGUAGCUAUUAAGCUACUCUUUCUGACUGGUCAUGUGAUAAUUUACUCCAGAAUAAAUAUACCAUUUUUCUAAUUUACUGAUUUCAUUCUUAGUUGAUUUCGUUCCAAUUAAGGUAUUUUCUGAGUUUGAAUCAUUUUUGAAUAUUCUGCAAUCUUGUUUUUAAUGUCCUGGUUUUUUCAAUAAUUGCAUUUAUCUGGUUUAUUAUCACAUUUGUGUUUUUCCAUACCAUAACCUUUUGAGUAUUUUUGCUUAUACGUCCCGAAGAGCUUUUGUCCUCUUUUUUGUGGUUAACAUAACACUUUCGGCACUAAUAGUGUUGGUUUCAUGCCCUUGUGGGUUUUGCAACAUUAAAAAUUGUUUACAUUAAAAACGUUCAACUCGCAGCACCCAAUUUUAUAGCAGCAACAUUUUAAACAUAUUUGCUCAACAAAGCUAAACACUGAUAAGGUAGAGUUGGCCGAUCUUAUCUUCUAAGACCAUGCUUCUGAUGAAGCAUUUUUAUCAAGUCAAACACAAAUUUCCGAUAAACUAUAAAUUAUUGUAUCAAAUAACUCAAGGAAAAUAAUUAUUAAAUCAAGUAGUUCUAUUCAUUUUAUUGGAUAUAACUGUUUAAAAAAAAAAAAAAAAUAAUGUGAGAGGGGGGUGGGGUAAAAUUCCAAAACUCCUCCUUGGCUACUCUACUGUAUAUAUUUAUAAUUCUUAUAUCUAUUUUCCAACGGAAAUAUUAUUUAAGAUUUGUUAUAUUAGAUAGAAAUUGAAACUCAAAUGAAUUAUUAAUAUAUUCCUAGGAAAAAUUCAUUAAUUAUCAGAACACUUACAGAAUGCAAUCUAAAAAACCGUUCAAUAAAUUAACCGUAUUAACUUUGGUGAACGAAGAAAUUAAUAACAAAUUUAAUGAAGAAACUAAGUAUGACCCAAUCGCAGCCCCAAAAAUAUGUGUAGCUAUGGCUGAUAGUAUUAUGAACAGUAUUUAUAAUAUGAAUUUUGAUAGGUAAGAUGUAUUAGGUUAGGUAAUAGACUUUACAAUGUAUAAUUUUUAAAUAAUUUUAUUUAUUCCAGGUAUAAAAUAAUUGUUACUGUGGAAAUAGUAGGGAAAAAAAGACAAGGUAUAUAUUCUGAAAUAAGAUUUUUGCGUGACCAGAAAAAAGAUAAAUAUGUUAAACGUCUGUUUGAAAAUGUUAAUUUCAUUGUUAUCGUUAUAGUAGUAGGAUUGUAUUAUGAAUAA